CACCUUUCUUGAAGACGAGAAAAGCCGGCGCUUUUCUGCACGCUUGUUUUAUUUUUUACCCAAACACGCUACAAAAAUCAAACAAACAUCAUGUCGGCUGGCAUGCCCAUCAACCCUAAACCUUUCCUUAAUGGGCUGACGGGGAAACCGGUGCUAGUGAAACUCAAGUGGGGCCAGGAAUACAAGGGCUUCCUGGUGUCAGUCGACGGCUACAUGAACAUGCAGCUGGCCAAUACUGAAGAGGUGAUUGAGGGCUCCGUCACCGGCAAUCUCGGCGAGGUGCUCAUCCGCUGCAACAAUGUGCUGUACAUUAAGGGCAUGGAAGACGAUGAUGAGGAGGGCGAAAUGCGCGACUAACUACUUGGUCACCUAUCUUACUUAUAAGUCUAUAAAAGUAAUGAAAUAAAUCUAAUUGUAUUUUGUAAUCCCA